UCACCGUUGUGCACAUAGUAGCAUAUAGGCGGUAAAGGCCUAGGCUCGGGCUCUCGUGUCAUCUUCGUCUUCUCCGAUCAUCUAGAUUACUCGAACUAUAUCAGAACCAUCACCGCCCCUGCAUAUACUACUACACUGUAUCAUCACCUCCUUCGGCGCCAUACACCAGACCACAGACAAACGACGACGAGGACGACGAUCAUUGAUUAUGGCACCCCCACCCGCCCUCUCUUACUCGACCCACGCCUACCUCACGAUCACCCUCAAACCGAACACCCCGCUCUUCGAUAACCCUCAAACGUUGGGCACACCCGAUUCGCCCUCUCCCUCGCUGGUCAAAUCUCUACCUGUGCCUUUGGUGUACGUAAGCCAGGUAGGGGAACUGGUCGAUUCGCACAUCUACCAGGUGGACGCUAGUAAGGAGGUCUUUAAGGAGGUGAAGGAGCAGGUUCUGGAGAGUCUGAGGGAACUGAAGGGCGAGGGAGUUUUGAAGGUGGAUGUGAUGGAGGAGCCGAAGAUGAGGAUCAAGAGGGGUGGGGAGGAGUUAUGAGUCGGAGGAAGUGAGAGGCCGAGGAGACAUUACAGCAGGGUCAGGCGAGCUUACUACUGUAGGGGGGUCGGGAGCCAGAGGUCGAAGGACGAAAUCAAAGCGAUCCUUUUUGUCAACCGAGGAACACGAUCGAAUAUGCGACAUCCUUAUUGAUGUUGACGAUCUCUCCUUCCUCGUCUACAUCAUAUCAUGGUGUCACGAGUCUGUUAAUGCUAGUUUACUUCUUAUCAGUCGACCUGCGAUCCUGCGACCUGCUCGACGACGAUACAAGUACCCUUCUUGACUUUCGGCUUUACCCGAAAAAGGUCGAGAAGAGGGUCGAGUCAAGAAACUUUUC